UGGUUAGGACGACCGAAGCCUGCUGGCACAAAAGAUCUGCACUUCGGGAGCUGAGGAGCAGCCGGCUAGAACGUGGAGAGGAAAGCUCUUUCCUUUCUCAAGACCACCGCAGGCGAUGCCUUCCAGCAGUCUUCACUGUUAACUUGCUCGGGGUGUAAUGGAUAGGUAACAGAGAAACCCUCCUCACUGUCUCGUCAGGGAGGCAGAAUGACUGAGUGCUUCCUGCCCCCCACCAGCAGCCCCAGUGAACACCGCAGGGUGGAGCAUGGCAGUGGUCUUACCCGAACCCCCAGCUCUGAGGAGAUCAGCCCUACUAAGUUCCCUGGUUUGUACCGUACUGGCGAGCCCUCGCCUCCCCACGACAGCCUCCAUGAACCUCCUGACAUAGUGUCUGAUGAUGAGAAAGACCAUGGGAAGAAAAAAGGAAAAUUUAAGAAAAAAGAAAAAAGGACUGAAGGCUAUGCUGCCUUUCAGGAAGAUAGCUCUGGAGAUGAAGCCGAAAGUCCUUCCAAAAUGAAGCGGUCCAAGGGAAUCCAUGUUUUUAAGAAGCCCAGCUUUUCUAAAAAGAAAGAGAAGGAUUUUAAAAUAAAAGAGAAACCCAAAGAGGAAAAACAUAAAGAAGAAAAGCACAAAGAAGAGAAACAUAAAGAGAAGAAGUCAAAAGACUUGACAGCAGCUGAUGUUGUUAAACAGUGGAAGGAAAAGAAGAAAAAGAAGAAGCCAAUUCAGGAGCCAGAGGUGCCUCAGAUCGAUGUUCCGAAUCUCAAACCCGUUUUUGGAGUUCCCUUGACCGAUGCGGCUGAGCGGACCAUGAUGUACGACGGCAUCCGGCUGCCGGCGGUUUUCCGCGAGUGCGUGGAUCACGUAGAGAAGUACGGCAUGAAGUGCGAAGGCAUCUACAGAGUUUCAGGAAUUAAAUCAAAGGUGGAUGAGCUGAAAGCAGCCUAUGACAGAGAAGAGUCUCCAAAUUUGGAAGAAUAUGAGCCUAACACCGUAGCCAGUUUGUUGAAGCAGUAUUUGCGAGACCUUCCGGAGAAUCUGCUUACCAAAGAGCUGAUGCCUCGCUUUGAGGAGGCUUGUGGGAGGAGCACAGAGAGCGAGAAGGUGCAGGAAUUCCAGCGCCUGCUCAAAGAACUGCCAGAAUGUAACUAUCUUCUGAUUUCUUGGCUGAUCGUGCACAUGGACCAUGUUAUCGCGAAGGAACUGGAAACAAAAAUGAAUAUACAGAACAUUUCUAUAGUGCUCAGCCCAACCGUUCAGAUUAGCAAUCGUGUCCUAUAUGUGUUUUUCACACAUGUGCAAGAGCUCUUUGGAAAUGUGAUACUAAAGCAAGUGACAAAACCUCUUCGAUGGUCUAACAUGGCCACUAUGCCCACACUGCCAGAGACCCAGGAGAACAUCAAGGAGGAGAUCAGAAGACAGGAGUUUCUUUUGAAUUGUUUACAUCGAGAUCUGCAGGCUGGAAUAAAGGAUUUAUCUAAAGAAGAAAGAUUAUGGGAAGUACAAAGAAUUUUGACAGCCCUCAAAAGGAAACUGAGAGAAGCUAAAAGACAAGAGUGCGAAACCAAGAUUGCACAAGAGAUCGCCAGUCUUUCAAAAGAGGAUGUUUCCAAAGAAGAAAUGAAUGAAAAUGAAGAAGUUAUAAAUAUUCUCCUUGCUCAGGAGAAUGAGAUCCUGACUGAACAGGAGGAGCUUCUAGCCAUGGAGCAGUUUUUACGCCGACAGAUUGCCUCAGAAAAAGAAGAGAUUGAACGCCUCAGAGCUGAGAUUGCUGAAAUUCAGAGCCGUCAGCAGCAUGGCCGCAGUGAGACCGAGGAGUACUCCUCUGACAGUGAGAGUGAGAGUGAGGAUGAAGAGGAGCUUCAGAUCAUCCUGGAGGACUUACAGAGGCAGAACGAAGAGCUAGAAAUAAAGAACAAUCAUUUGAAUCAAGCAAUUCACGAAGAGCGAGAGGCCAUCAUCGAACUGCGGGUGCAGCUGCGCCUGCUCCAGCUGCAGCGAGCCAAGCCCGAGGCGCAGGCGCAGGACGAUGACGAGCCCGAGAGGCGGCCGGGCACCCUGGAGCAGGCCAAGCCGUCCCCGGGCAGAGACAGGAAGGAGACGCCCAUCUGAGCAGCCCGAGCAGCACGGGACCCCCAGACCCAAUGAGACCUGUGCAUCUUACUGUAACCCUGAGAGUCGGAGUGUAUAACUCUCUGCUGUACAUUCUGUAAAGAUGUCUUUUCUUCUCAGACUCUUCCUUCUUUUCACAUGUGUGACUUCUCCGAGUCAGGCUCAGGUUACACGGAGGACAAAGCAGUGCGCGCAGUGUGGGCUUGUAGGGGACAGAUGAGUUUUCCAGAUAGUGUCAGCUUAUUUGAAGAUUAAUUUUCUUUGUUAACUUAAAACUGUUUUAACCCUUGAGUGGCUUCUUUUUAAACCAAAAAUCGUCUUUCUUUGCUUUUUUAUUACAGCAGAAUCAGGAUCUCUUUCUCUUGUUCAAGGGGUUGGGAACCAAACAAGGUAAAUACUGUUCCUGCCUUGUGGAUUGCCCCAUAGUCUCACCCUCCGGGAUCUCUGCUUACUAGUCACUCUUGCUUGUGCCUUUUACACCUUUUUGGUGCAGAUUAUAUAAUGGGGAGCUGCCUCAUAUUUCCUGACUGGCCAGAACGGCUCUUACUGAGGUUACCUUUACCCACCCUUGUCACCCUCUCCUUUGACGGUCCUAACCCACAGUCCAUGAGCCUGAGUCACAGGAUGGCCUAGCUGGUCACAGAGCUGCUGGUGGAGCCUGCCCACUGGCCCCCUCCCCCCCACCCCGCAGUGGAGGAGUAGCCACCUCGCUCCUGCUGAUCAGCACGUGCUUUUCACUGGGUUGGUCGAAGGUAGCUGCCUGGCCUGAGGCGUCCACACAGAGGAUCUGUUUCUGAACCCAGACAUCUUCUGUGUGACUCAUCUGCCAUUAAACACAGAAUGACCGAGAUUGCUUGCUUGGGCUAGAAUGUAAAAGUCUCUUUGCCUGAAUAAGCCAUAUAUGCUCUUAAACAAAAGUUUUCAAUGACCCGUGUCAUCUCAGUGAACCUGCUGAUGGACUCCCAAUUGACAAGAUUGAGCAAUAGAAAAAAAAAAAAAACUUCUCCUUUAAAUGAUAGCUGUGAUUCCCGACCCCGUUUUCUUGCUUCUGCGACUUCUCUGGUGACUGAGGCAUCUGGGAGGUCAGCUCUCAGGCACCUUUGUUCAGUCGUGCUCUGUCGGAAUCAGUGGCACUCAUGAGGUAGGUCAGCUCUCAUGGCUAUGAAGACAGACCUCACACACUCAAGGUGAUGGAAGCAACCCCCCCCCCCCCCGAGGGCUCUGUCCUCUCCUAGUUACUAUUUAUUUUCAGCACCUGUUUGAUGCGGUUUUUAAUUCUCUACCUAUUGCACUGUUGUGACUUGUUGGCCAUUGUUUGAUUUUUGUACGAAAAAAAGCUUUGUUAUAGAAAUCAGCAUACUAUUUUUUUAAAUCUGGAGAGAAGAUAUUAUGGUGACUGAAAAUAUGGUCAGGUGUCAAAUAUAAACGUAUAAAAGCC